UUUAAAUAAGCGAUAGAUUAUUACAUUUAAAUUACGCGGAUAUCGAUCUUGUACAAUCGAUUCCUUUCGUCCAAUCACAAGCUACCUCUAUGAGUAUCGAUAUUUGCACCUUAACCUCACAAAUAUUGCGCUGGACAGGAACAACGAGCUGUAGGCUAUCACAUAUUUCUUUCCUUUUAAUAUGGAUGGUGAAAAAGCGACGAAGAUAGCAAAACUAGAAACCGAGAAAUACAUAAAAGAAGGAGAAGCUGAAUUAUUGGUAAUUUCUAAGAAUGUAUUUUAUAAUCCAGUACAAGAGUUCAAUAGAGAUCUCAGUAUAGCUGUAUUGUCACUUUUCGCUGAAGAUCUGCGAGAAUUAAACGAAGAGAUAAAUGUUAAAUGUGAUGGAGUGAAAAAUUCAAAUGAUGGAUCAUGUUUUAAGAAAGAUGGUAUUACUAUAUUAGAAGCAUUAUCAGCGACUGGUUUGCGUAGCAUUAGAUAUGCCAAAGAAAUAAAAGGUAUCAAAGAAAUAAUAGCUAAUGAUCUUUCAAAAGAAGCUCUUAAAGCGAUGAAAGAAAACAUUCGACAUAAUGGAGUGGAACAUAUAGUAAAACCAAGUCAAGAGGAUGCUAUCCUGGUCAUGUACCAAAAUAAAAGAAAAGGUUUCCAUGCCGUUGAUUUAGAUCCUUAUGGUUGUCCUUCGACCUUUUUAGAUGCUGCAGUACAAUGCGUAAUAAAUGGUGGAAUACUUUUAGUUACGGCAACGGAUAUGGCUGUGUUAGCUGGUAACACACCAGAAACUUGUUAUGUCAAAUAUGGCGCUAUCUCUCUUAAAACUAAAGCCUGUCACGAAAUGGCAUUAAGAAUUUUGUUACAACAGAUUGCAUCUCAUGCAGGACGUCAUGGUCGUUAUAUAGUACCACUGUUAUCGGUCAGCGCAGAUUUUUAUAUAAGAGUAUUUGUCAAAGUUAUCGGAAGCCAAUUAAAAUGUAAAGAUAAUGCUAGUAAAACAGGACUAGUAUAUCAAUGUAUUAGUUGUGAAAGUCUUACUAUUCAACCUAUAAUGAAAGUAAACUCUAAUAAAUUUUCUAGGUCUCAUUUAAUUUCUGAUAAAAAUUGUAAAUUUUGCAAAGGCGAACAUUACGUUGCUGGUCCUAUUUGGAUAGCAUCCUUGCACGACCAAACAUUUGUUUCGCGAUUAUUGCAUAAUAUAGAUAAUAUGAAAUUGACAACGAGAAAACGAAUAAAAGGGGUAUUAACUAUGAUAAACGAAGAAUUAGAUAUACCUUUGUAUUAUACCCUUGACCGCAUAAUGUCUCUGGUCAAAUGCAUCACACCGCCUAUGAUAUUAUUCAGAUCUGCAUUAUUAAAUGCCGGAUACAAAGUAUCAUAUUCACAUGCAAAUAAAUUCUCUAUUAAAACUGAUGCUCCCACUGAUGUCAUAUGGGAUAUUGUACGUGCAUGGGAAAAACUUCAUCCGGCUAAAAGGCCAAAGGAAAACGUGCCAAAUAAACAUCAAGCAUUAAAUAUUUUGGAUUCUCCAAUGAAACUAAAUAUAUCAUUCGAGUUACAUCCAGAAGCUAAUCCAUUUUCUCGACGAACUGGGCUAUUAAGGUUUCCAGAAAAUCCAGUCGAAAAUUGGGGUCCUCUUACGCGUGCUAAAAUGAAUAACAAUUAAAUGAAAAUGGUUUUUUUUUUUUUUAAGCAAGA